AUGCUUAGAUGUGUCAGACCCAUCAACCCUGCAGGGCAGAGAAGAGAUAAGCCAACGUCCUCCUGCUCUGGUUCGCAUUCCUCCGACCGCGCAGAGACCGAUGAGGCUCUGGCCCUGCGACUACAGCAGGAGCUGGACAGGGAGGCGGCAGAGGCUCAGGCUGUGGACCUUGAAGAUGGAGGCCUUUUCUUCUGUCAGAUUUGCCACAGAGACUUAUCGCAUAUGACCGCCGAGGGGCGAACACAACACCUCAACAGGUGUUUGGAUCAGAAUGAACAGAGUGCUCCCUCUGCCCCCCCACCCUCUGCUGUCCCAGACUGUCCCAUCUGCGGCAAGAAGUUCAAGACCCAGAAGAGCCGCUCGGCCCACCUGAAGCGCUGCUCUGCAGACAUGGGCGUCUCUCCAGCUGUUCUGCUGCAGGCUCUGCAGAGACAGGCUGAGGAGAGUCGGAUCUCCUCCGCCGCCAACACACAGGCACAACCUGCGGGCAGCAAAAGGAAAGGUCCCUCCAAGGCGGAGCUUCCAGCACGGAAGAAGCCUAGAAAGAAGAACGAACCGGUGGAUGAGGAGACUAUGGUGGCUCUGGCUCUGUCCUCCUCCCUGCUGGAGCAGCAGACGAAGCUGCAGGCGGAGAGCGGUCCGCCUCACAGCUCCAUGACCCCAGUGCUGAAAUGGAAGCCAGAUGCUGCUAAGAAACGUGUUAAAAAUAAAAAGGCUGCCGCCCCUCGACCUCCGCCCCUCCUCCUCAUUCAGGAUGCAGAGACGGCUCUGCUACGGCUGCAGGAGCGAGUUUCUGCUCUCUUGCUUCGCCACCGGGCGCCCUCUCCUCCCACCCCAACACGACGCCCCAGCAGCCUGCCUGCCUGGACAGGCGCCGCCCCCCUGUGGCAGAAAAGUUCUCUGUUGGAUGGGGACUCUAACUUCUACACUGCAGAGCUCCAGCACCUCUUCACUGCAGAAUCUGCAACGGCCAAUGAAGUCUCAUCAAGCACCAACAGCAAGCCAGAGUCUUGUGUCCCGCCUGUGCUGCCCUCCUGCUCCCAGGCGGCGUCCUCGGCUCCUUCCACUCCAGGGACAGGAGGACUCAGUGUGGGAAGCCAGGCCCUCCAGGAUCUGAUGGAUCUGGCUGAAGACGGCAUGACUCUGACACAGUAUGGAUACUCGGACAAAGCCAAACACCUGAGCGGUUUCAUUCAGGAGGAAGAGGUGGAGGAUCAGGCAGAACCGACAGGUGACGCUCACAGCAGCCAGACGGUGAGGAGGUCACAUCACCCGGAUGCAGACAGAGACAGCCAUGAGGCGGUGGCGCUAACCAGGCUGUCAUCAGACCUGAGAAGCAUGGUUAACAACCCUCAGCUCAGUGAUGUGCAGCUCCAGGUGGACAGUGGAGAUGUCUACUUUGCACAUUCCUUCAUGGUGUACGCUCGCUGCCCCCUGCUGGCUGAAAUGGUUUAUGAAAGUGGGUUCGGGGUGCAGGAGGAGGGCAUGCCGGCAGCUCAAAGGGUGCUGUUAAAUGACAUGCCUGGCCAGGCGGUGCUGGCUCUGCUGCAGUACCUGUACACCGCCCACUGCUCCAUCACUGCACGGCUGAGGCCUCAUGUGCUGGAGUUGGCAUCCAGGUUUGACCUGCAGGAGCUGGAGCACCUCUGUCAUUUACAACCAGAGAGCAUGGCGGAGGUGGGAGAUGAUGAGCUCAACGUAAACCAGGAGGAAAACGUGAAUAACCAAACAGAUCAGGCCUUCGUGGAGCUCCUCCGAUCCAUGUGGAAUGAGGAGGAUGAGGAUGAAGGCACAGGUGACUCGGACGGCGUGGAUGGAGGAGGGCCGGGCGAGGAGGACCGACGAGAUGAUGAGGUCACUGCAGGCGACAGAGAGAUCAGCGAGGAACACGUGAAUGAGGACGAGCUGGAGGAGAUCUACGAGUUUGCGGCCACACAGAGACAGAGGGAGGAGCAGGAGAGGACCGAGGAGGAAAAGGAGGAAGAUGAGGGGGAGGAUGCAGAACCGGGUGGAGAUGCAGUGGUUACUAACCUGCAGCCGGAGCCAGACUGCAGCUACAGUCGCCUUUUCUCCCAGUCCUGGGGCGUCUACAACGGAGGAGAUAAGUCCUGUAGGUCGGACACGCCUCUUCAGUCCAAGCAGAAUGCUGCUUCUCAAGAAGCAGUAUCCAAACGUUCUGGCAGGACUUUACUGCAGUCAUCAGCAAGCGUCGUAGACGAACCUUCCCUUAACCUUCCCAUGCCAGGGCUGUCGCCGGGCCAAGCUGCUCAUCAGACGGAUGAUGGAGAACGGAGAGAUGAAGCUGCAGAGACUAAGGGGGUGUCACAGCAGCGAGACAGCCAAGGUCCUCCUCUUUCUCCUGAUCCGUCUCCAAAGAGAGACGAGCCUGAGCUCAUCGUUUUGUCUGAUUCAGGUGAAGAGAUGGAAGUAAAGAGCGGGAAUUCUCCUCAGAACUACACAGGAAUCAAAUCCAGUCCAAGCCCCAAAGGAUCCAGUCGUAGCUUCCAGUUCAGUCCUGGUGAUCCAGCAGCUUGUUCUCCAGAACUUUCCUGGUUGAUUCCAUCCACUCCUCCCCAGAGCAUCCAAAAAACCAGGACCUGUUCGGUACAGACCAACAGCAGCAUGUGCAGGACGCAGCUCUUCCCCAGAGGGGACUCUUCCCCUGCCACUUCACCAUUUAAGAACAAGUUUCAAACCUGCAGCAGUCCUCUUAGAGGCUCUGCCGGGGACGCAGCGAGCCGGGAAUCCAGGUCCAAACAGAGCGAGAACCUUCUCAGUAGCUCAGACCUCAAUGUUUCUAUAAGAAACUAUAAAAACUCCAGUAAGAAUACUGAAGUCUUUGAAGCCCCACAUUCCUUUAGAGAAUCCAUGAAGCGUGAGACUCCCCUUCAUCUGCGAUUUCAGCCAUGCAGCAGCACCCCGCUGCACACUGACCCCCUCCAGCCCCCCGUCCCACCUGCUGCUUCCCCGCUCCACAUAGACCCGGAGAGGCAGAGCGUUUCAGAACAAAUGAAAGUGAGAACAUCCUUAGACAGCCUGGGGGCCGCAGAGUCCGGGAGCUUUCAUCUCCCCCGUAUGUCCAGCCCUUCAGACCCACCCUCCUCUUCCUCUCACGAGAAAACUGCAGAGUCAAACAUGCAACAUGGCGUCAAUAGGAUAGGAGGGAGAAACGAGCAAGAAAACAUAGAGAGGACGGGUUUCAGUCAGGAAACGAAGGAAGAAAUGUCUGCUGCAGAUGUCAGAGAGGCCAGUUUUAAUCAAAGCUUUGGGGAUGAACCUCCGAUAGCGUUUAAUGAUUCCUGGGGCCUCGACGCCUGCAUGGAGGCCAACCCAGGCUGCUUCAGCCUGAAACUCGAGGAAACUGGAGAUUCGAGCCCAAGAGAGAGACCCGGUUCAUCAUCCGCCUCCAAACAGCCAUCUAUUAACAGCAUCCAGGAUCCUGCUCCGGAUCCAGGCUCCCCGAUAUCAGCAGAGAUCGACAACGGCCUCCUGGACUCCAGAAUAUGGGAGAGCUGGGAGGGUGAUGAAGAGGAGGAGGAUCUUCCUCUUUCUCAGAGGGUGAACCCGUCUGCUCAUCUCAAGACUCCAGUAUCAUCCAAGCAUAAACGGCGUCCCUCUGUGGUGCCCAUCACCCCCAUGCCCCACUACUCUGACAUGGACACACCGGAGCUAAAGAACAAACUCAACAGGUUCGGUGUGCGGCCUUUACCGAAGCGUCAGAUGGUCCUAAAGCUGAAGGAGAUCCACCAGUACACCCACCAGCUGGUCAGCUCUGACUCAGAGGAAGAAGCAGCACCCCGGGUGAAGCAUCCAAUGAGCAGGGAGGUCUCCUGCGCCCAGAAGGGGCAGUUUAAAGAGCCCAGAGCGCCUGACACUGCGUCCCCCAUCAAAGCUGUUAGAGGGGAGGAAGUAGAGCUGCUCUCCACCUCACAGGGCUCAAACAGCUCCUCCUCCACUGCUGCCAGCCAGGAGUCAGAAAGGUCCAACCCUGAGCUGGUUCUCUCUUCUGAUGGCGACUCAGACAGCGAUGGCGGCAUCUCAUCCUCCCAGGCGGCUUCUCGUCUCCAGGACCGCCUCCAGGCGGUGCGCUCCUUCAUCCUGUCCGACUCCAGCCUGUACAGUCGGAUCCUUCAGUACCAGCCUCUGGUUCUCUCUCAGCUCCAGCAGCAGCUCAAAGAAGCAGGGAUACGUCUCGGUGCUGCGAAGCUAAUGGACUAUCUGGACUCCCAGUGUAUCACCUUCACCACGGCUAAGCGGGGCCAUCCUACAGCGGGUCACAGGAGGGCUAAAAAGAGCAGCCGGGGCGCCAGAGGAGGGAGCAGGAAAAAUGGAGCUUUGAAGCUGUAGCAGAGAAUUUUGACAUGGGGAAAUAUAUAUAAAAAAAUGUAUAUAUGGGAGCUAGUCUGGAAAUAUUAAAGCAGAAACUUUUAAAUUAUGAACCGUUUACAGAUUUAAAUGUUGUAAAUACUCUUUUUAAGACACUUCAUGCAUUUUAGGAGUUCUUUUUUCAGGUGUUGCAUUUAUUACAAUGUUGGACUGUUAAAAUAAAACGAUG